CCAUCGACUACUCAGUGUACGAUAUCCCGGUGAACGGUUAAGACGGUUGAAAUUUCAAAAAUUCGAAUUUCGACCAAAUUUCGGUUCCGUUUAGACGAGUUUCUAUUCGUUGAGUGUUGUGCGAUACGCGUAGAUACAAAACUUUUUGAAUGCAUAUACCAAAAUAACUAAUUGAUGGUGUAGCGUUUUUUAUGUUAAAAUUUAAAUAAAUUGAGUGAAUAUUUGAAAUUCCAAAAUAAUUAACGUGGCUUAAGUAUAAUUUUAUGCGUUAGUAAAAUUAUUAUUUAAUUUUAAGUUUCCAAAGUGUUUGUGUUGAAUCCAUAUCAACGGUCCGGUGACUAAAGCCGAAGGCGCACUUCUGUCUCGCGAACAGAAUAGAAGCCAAUAAAUCAGAAAGUCUUAGCAAACACACACAGGCGUUUCAAAUCAAUUCAAACACCUUACCAACUACACACUUUCCACUCAACACUUUUUUCACUCGACCACUCGACAAUUUUCCGCUCCUUUCUACUAAUUCACAACACACGAAAAACCAACAAUAACUCAAGCUCCACAAAUACAAGAAAGCUCGCAGUAACAGCAGUAAGCAGAAAAGUCAGAAAAAAGGGGAAACCACAGUUAAGUUACAAAAAUAGAUUUCACCAGAUACCAGCGCGCAUCAGGCCUUCUGCUACACAAUUCCCGAUUGCGAAUCGUGAAGCUGUCUGUCAACGAAACGCUUCCAGCACGAGACAUCCACACAAAAUCACCACGAAGAUGUAAACCAAAUGUCGCCAGAGCCUACCGCUGCACGCACGGAUACCUACGCCAUAUAAAUUAAAAAAACAAAAACAUUAAACAGUUAUAAAAUAAUUUUGUUAUUUUAAUUUAAAGUUAUAGAUAAAAAAAUUUUGUUAAAAAAAUCUGUGUGAUAUUAUUGUUUUAAUUUGUAAUUUAGUAUUAUUGUUUAACUGGUGAAAUUAUGUAAAUUUCUUAAUUUAAGAAAAAAAAUACCAUUAAACAAUUUAAUUUUUCGAAAAAAAUAUAUAAGAUAAAUCGCGUGUAAUUGGCGCUCCCAUUACGUUUUGUACGCUUAAAUAAGUUAAGAGAUUAGACUUGGUAGAUUCCGAAUUUCUUAGUCAAAUUGAAAUUAUUUUCCACUUAAAAACAGGGUUUCUGUAUAGUAGUUAAUUUAUUUGAAACUAGUUAAAAUAAUUCAACGCAGAGCAAGUUAUUUUUGUUCACAAGCGUCUAGAGCAUUUUUUCCAACUGACUUGUAGUUGUAAAGUGCUUUUAAAUUAAGUUACUGAUACUUCAAAACUUUAUAAUUGGAUUAUAUUAAUUAAUUUUUGUUUUUAAAUAAUUAAAAUGCGGAAAUAAGCAUACGAAAAUGUUAGGAGAUUUCACGCCUUGCCUACAAAUUGUCACACAUUUUAAUUAUUAAAAACCAAGUAAAUACUAUUUUAUAUAUUUUUAAUUUUUUUAAAUAAAUAAUAAUAAAAAUAACAAAUAAAAACACAUUAUGCCGUCGCCGAGUAAGAAGCAAUCGCAGCCGCAUUUGUCUUUGGUGACCAACAACAGCGAUGAUUACCGUAAAUUAUCGGAUAGUGGAUCCAUCAAUAAUGCCUUCCAAGCACCGCCAACCCCACAAACGGCAACAACAGACAUCAUUGAUAGUUCCGAUUUCAUAUCCUCCACAAAUACAAUCAACACUAAUCCCUCAAGUAAUGAUGAUGAGCUAAUUUUAAGAAAUAAUGCCAAAAAUGAGUUAAAUAUUCGCUCGUUGAGCAAAAAUAAAUCUUACAACCACAACAACAAUAACAACAACACAAAUGACAACACACCCUACUAUAUUAGUAACAAUGGCGUACCACAUGGACACUAUCGCUAUACAUUGCCAUUACCGCUGGCAGUGCCAUUGCCACAACCCUUACCGCCAUCAAAAACACUACUACAACAACAACAAUCAGAAAAAGAUCCUACUCAACAACAGGAUGAUAAAUUUAGAUUAUAUACAAUAUAUGGAAAUGACACCGACAAUGACAAGUUGUCCGGUCUACCACAAUCGACGACUGGUUCACUAAGCUCAAUCAUCACGACGUCCAUAGCAUCCUCAGAACCAGAUCCUGGCACGGGUGGUGGUCGUGGAAGUGGUGGUGGUGCUGGCGGCGGCCCUGGCGGUGGCGGUAGUAGCAUCGGUGCAUUAGACGCGAGCAGUAUUGCUGGUGUGCCUGGUAGCAGUGAUGAGAAGCUGGCACUAAAUCGACCGGGUAUCAAACAGGAGAAAUGGUCCUCAAUAUUGUUGCAAGUGUCAAUACCAUUCUUUUUGGCUGGCGUUGGCACUAUCGGCGCGGGCAUUAUACUCGGACGUGUGGAGAAAUGGCGUGUCUUCAAAGAGAUCACCGAACUAUACAUUCUCGUGCCAUCACUGCUGGGCCUCAAGGGCAAUCUCGAUAUGUGCCUCGCAUCACGUCUAUCGACGCAGGUCAAUCUAGGUAAUAUGACAACACGCAAGGAAGUUAUCAAAAUGAUUGUCGGCAAUAUUGCAUUGGUGCAAGUGCAGGCGACGGUGGCUUCUUUUUUGGUCGCUAUGUUUGCCAUUGCUGUGGGUGCGGCGAUGCAUGGCACAUUCUAUUUCGAACAUGUUAUGCUACUGACGGCGUCCGCUAUGUUUACGGCGACCUCAUCGUGCUUUGUUUUAGAUUUUGUGUUAGUGGCUGUGAUAUUAUUAUCUGAGAGAUAUCGUUUGAAUCCUGAUAACCUAGCAACACCGUUAGCGGCAUCUAUCGGUGAUGUCGUUUCUAUUAGCUGUCUGUCGUUCAUUGCUUCACUGCUCUUCGACCACAUAAAAACUCACUUGUGGAUCACAUUCGUUAUAGUCGCUUGUUAUUUAGUGCUUUUACCUAUGUGGGUAGCUAUUGUGCUCAAAAAUAAAUAUACUCGUCCGAUACUGAAGAGUGGCUGGGUGCCGGUACUAUCUGCGCUUUGUAUUAGUGGCAUCGGCGGUCUAGUGCUCGAUGCGGCUGUGGAAAUAUUCGACGGUUUCGUUGUGUUUCAACCAAUUAUCAAUGGCAUUGGUGGUAACUUGGUGUCAGUGCAAGCCAGUAAAAUCUCAACCAUGCUGCAUCAGAGUUCGAUUAUUGGCAUCAUUCCACCACAUACGAAAAUCUUCGAAUGGCCAUGGAAAGCGCUGUUCAAAGGAGUUCCAUACGCGAAAACGGCGCGCAUACUCCUUGGUAUGUCAAUCCCUGGUAAUGUGAUAUUCGUUUUCGUUGCCGAUUACAUACAUAUGUCAACAUCGACGGUUUCCUUUGCUUUCGUGAUGUCGUACCUGGUGGCGAGCUUAAUACAGGUUAUGUUACUCUUAUAUAUUGCGCACGUUCUUGUACACACCAUGUGGAAAUGGAAAAUCGAUCCUGACAACUCAUCGAUUCCAUAUCUAACUGCUCUUGGCGAUUUGAUCGGCUCGACUUUAUUAGCGAUCGCGUUCUUCUUCCUACUUUCGAUAAAUCAAGAAUACGGUGCUGAUCUAAAUCAACUAAAUGCAUCGAACUGAAUAAAUGAGCCCCUCGAGAAAAAUAAGAGCGAAGCGUGUGAGGCUUCUAAUAAAUAAAUAAAAAAAAAAACACAAAUAUAAAAAAGGCUUUAAAGAGUUACAAAAAAAACAAAAA